UUGUUGUUAAUGCCCCCUGUGUCCUGUGAUCGAAAGCAUCCGCGUUGUCUUAAAGCUUUCCGACAGAAUGCGCAACUUCGGAACUUCCGAUGUCUGACGAAAGUCUACGGUUUGAAAACCGUGGAGGCCUGCUACGAAUUUCCACAUGCUCCUUAAGCACGCAAUCACAUUUUGCCCAUGUCAUCAUCCUCGUUCGCAUUACCCGCUUCGCGAGUUACAUGGCAUUUCGCGGCAGCGUGUGUCGCACCUAUCUUUCAAUCUUGUUUGACUUUUCAAUGAUAUAACACUGAUCCUCGAUUACGAGGAUUCCAACGCAUGAUGAAUUGAAUCACUUUCGAUCCCUGUCAUUCAUUCGUUCUUUCGUAUCUUCAAUUUCUUUACCUCAAUGUAUUGAUUUUCCUUUAAUUUUGCACGAUUCAUGAUUCAUGACGUCUUGUGCUUUCCCACCGAUAGACUAGUGUUGAUCCCAUAUUUCGGCUAUUUCCGAAUAUUCUUAUGUAUUCACGUGUCUUCGGAUAUACUCGAAUGCAAAACCACUUACACUUAUGGAUUCUUGUGACACGAAUAUUGUCAUAUUUCAUUUACUAAUGAGAGAAAGUACACUUUUAUGAGUUAAUGAUUUGACCAUGACAAGUAAUGUAACAACGAUUAAGUUAGAAGAGGAGCAAGAAUCUGUAACAGAGAUACAGACUUACUUAGAAACAUUUAAUAAAGAAAUAGAAGGAGGUCAAGGAGAGCAAUUACAGCAUGUACAGUUGCAACAAGUGGAAGGAUUGUCAGGUGGUGAAGAGGGUGGAACUUACUUUGUUGAUCAAUCUGGUCAAUAUUACUACCAAGCAAACAAUGAUGAAACACCUGUGAUGACACAGGUACAAAUCCAAGAAGUAGAAGAAGCAGAUGUACAAAAUGAAGAAGAAACACUUGAAGAAGAAGAAUUCCAUGAAAUUGGAGAAUUAGAAAAUGUUGAUGGUGAUGAAGAUGGGCAGGUAGUUAGUAAUGGAAAUAAUGAGGUUGUAAUCAAUUCUGGAGAUCCGUAUCAAACAGUUACUAUUGUACCAUCUGAUACUAAUCCUGCUGAAGUCAGUUAUGUACUAAUAGUUCAACAACCAGAUGAUGAGGAUAAGGGAAGCAGACUGGUAGAGCAAGAGGGAACUGAAGGUGAAGAAGGAAAAGGAGAACAAGAUCUUACAGUUUAUGAUUUUGAAGAUAAUGAAGAUAAUGAAGUACCUGUGGAAUCAGAAGUAGAAGAUGACAAAACUAAGAUUGUGAAAAUUUUACCUAAAAAGUCCCAAACUGUUACUCAAGCUCAUAUGUGUAAUUACUGUAACUACACAAGUCCAAAACGAUAUCUGCUAUCACGACAUAUGAAAUCACAUUCUGAGGAAAGGCCACAUAAAUGUAGCGUUUGUGAAAGAGGAUUUAAAACUCUGGCCUCGCUUCAAAAUCAUGUUAAUACACAUACUGGGACCAAGCCACAUCGUUGUAAAUUUUGUGAAAGUGCAUUCACAACUUCUGGUGAACUUGUUAGACAUGUUCGAUAUAGACACACCCAUGAAAAGCCACAUAAAUGUCCUGAAUGUGACUAUGCAUCUGUCGAAUUGUCUAAACUUCAUCGUCAUAUUCGGUGUCAUACAGGCGAACGUCCAUAUCAGUGUCCGCAUUGUACAUAUGCAAGUCCUGAUACUUUCAAGCUAAAACGCCAUUUGCGCAUACAUACGGGAGAAAAACCAUACGAGUGUGAUUUUUGUCAAGCAAGAUUUACUCAGUCUAACAGCUUAAAAGCUCACAAAUUAAUACAUAACGUUGGGAACAAGCCAGUCUUUCAAUGUGAAUUAUGUCCAGUAACUUGUAGGAGAAAAACAGAUCUCAGAAUUCAUGUACAAAAAUUACACACCUCUGACAAACCUUUGAAAUGUAAACGCUGUGGAAAAUCAUUCCCAGAUAGAUAUAGCUACAAACUGCAUAGUAAAACUCACGAAGGGGAAAAGUGUUAUAAAUGUGAUUUAUGCCCAUAUGCUUCUAUAUCCGAGCGCCAUCUCGAAAGCCACAUGUUAAUUCAUACGGACCAAAAACCAUAUCAUUGUGAUCAUUGCUUUCAAUCAUUCAGACAGAAACAACUUCUUAAACGGCAUUGUAACUUGUAUCACAAUCCUUCUUAUGUUCCUCCUGCACCUCAAGAGAAGUCACAUCAAUGCCCUGAAUGUGAACGGUCAUUCAGGCAUAAAGGAAACCUAAUUCGACAUAUGGCUGUGCAUGACCCAGAGUCAUCCAUUCAAGAAAAGCAACAAGCAUUGAAGAUGGGAAGACAGAAAAAGAUUCAAAUAAUAGACGGGCAAAGAGUAGAGGUCAUGACAGGUGAUUUAGCUACUAAGCUUAAAGAUUAUGAAGAAGAAGAAGAUGAAGAUGAUGUGAUGGCAGUGGAGGGAAGUGAUGGUCAGCAAUAUGUUGUAUUGGAGGUUAUACAGCUAGCUGACAAUCAAGAAACUGAUCAACAAAUGGCUGUUGUAGCUAACGAAGAUGGAGAUUUAUUGAUGCAAGAUCCUUUGAGUCAAGAAAGUGGAAUUGUAACUGGUAGAAUCGAGGGAGGAGAUGAAGUAAAAGAAGAAGAUAUAGAAAUAGAUGAGUUGAAAAUGGAAUCAGAAACGUGUACUAAAUCUUUAUCGCGGAACAUGCAAAGCGAUCCAAAAUUACAGAAAGAAAUGGAAACAUGUUUUGGUUUUGACGAGGAAGAGGAGGAAGAAGAAGAAGCCAAUGAUAAUAUAAAUAUAUUGCAGACAAUUUCUUAAUAAAAAAACAUGAAUGUGAGGAAAUUUAUUUAUGUAAUAGUCAAAUGUCUUAUCUUUCUCGCAGUAACAGUGUAUGUUCUGUGAGUGCUGUUUAAUAUUAUUUAAAGACUCUGUGAGUAGCUCCAAUGGAGCCAAUUUCCGGAUCCAACGUGGUCUAUACGAAUAGUACAAGAACAUCCUUUGCCAUUAGUGUGUUAGACAUACGUAAUAAUUUAUGAAGAAACAGUUUUGUGGUUUAGUAAUAUAUAAAGUGAAUGUACAAUUAUAUUAGUUGUGCAAGAAAGUAAUGGCAAAUUUUUACUCGGUAAUAUACACGCGUUGCCAAUUUACGGUCAUUACUUUCGUAUGCACCUAAUUAUAAUUUUAAUUCAUUUUCUGUCAAAUUUGUGCUUUGAAAAUUUUAAAUCAGCGAAACCUUUGCAGAUAAGAUCGGAUAUAUCAUCAAUAUAGAUUGAUCUAAUAUUUUUAAAUCAGUCAUUUAAUAAACGUUAACAGAAAAACAUAGAAUGUAGCAAAGUGUUGACAUUGGGUGAUUCGUUCAUUGUUGAUAUAUGGUUAAUGGAACUGAAAUUGCAGAAUCAUGCGAGGCUCCAAUGUAUAUACAUACUUGCCAUUAUAUUUCAUUUUAUAGGUAAACAUCGUAUUCUAUAAAUAAUUAGAGGGAAUAUUAGUGGUAAAUUUAACGAUCGAUCGAGUUUUGUGUUAUUUAAUAUGAAUGAUGUCUGCAUAUUUAUAGGAAUGUACAUAAGUAAUAUAUAAUGCAACAAAAAAAGAAUUAGAAAUUUUUCAUUGACUUGAGAGAUGUUACAUUUGUGAUUGUAUAGGAGUAUUUUAUAGUAAUAAUACACGGUUUUUCUGUGAAUAAGUAGAAUGAAUAUUAAUGAUAUACUGUUAACGAUUAUGAUUAUAAGAUCAAGUGUUUUGCGGAUAUAAGAUAAAGUAUGAAUGACAUAAAGUAAUUUGAAGUUAAAUGUAAUCUUAUAAUUAUUAUAAUUAUAAUAAUUUUUUAUUUCUCUUUUAUUAAUUACAUUCUCUUCAAAACAUAGAAUUUUUAGAAUACACCUUUUUUCCACGUUGAUCGUAACCAUUAUAGCAAAACAUGAAUAUACUAAUAAGAAAAUAGUACGUAUGUUUGUAAACAAGGACAAAACUUUUAAACAAUUGAGGCUUUUUGCGUUUUGUUGACAGAUCAAACUAUUGUAUAGUUUUUUGAUCGAGCAUCCACAAAACGACAAUUUCCUAUCAAUCCAAUAUCAAGAGAAAUUGACAUUGUAAAAUCCUUGUAAAAUUGUAUAUACAAUAGUAUAUACAAUUGUAAAUGAGCAGUUGCUAAUUUUGUGCUAUUCAAAUCGGAGCACUAUCGUACAAUAUCCCAAAGAAAAAGUGGUGUAGCAUGUUCUCUAUAAUAAACAUUUUAUCUUCGACGAUA